CGGUUAAAGGAAAAAAAAAAAAAAAAGUUAUAAUAUUUUGACUUUGUGUAAAAGGGGCUUUUGUUUUUAAGUCUUCCUCUUCGUUAAUAAAGCCAUCUUCUUCUUCAAUCAUCGUUGUUGCUGCAAAAAAAAAAGUAAAAGCAAUUGAAGAAGAGGGAAAAAAUAGUUCUCUUUCGUUGCUUAAUUUCUAGAACCGCGAAAAAGUGCGAAACGUUUCCAAAACGAUGGUUGUGUUGGUAAACAAUUUGCAUUGCGCUCCGAAAACGACGACGUCGUCGUCGUCGUCUCCGCGAACCACAUUGUUAUGAAGUGAGAGGGUUUGUUACUUUGUUUUGGUUUGGUUCGGUUCGGUUCGGUUCGGUUCUGUGGUGGAAAGACAAAAGCCAUGAGGUGGUUGCCCACGCUUUCGUUCUCGCCUUCUUCGAAUCCUUCUUCUUCGUCUUCGUCUUCGUCGUCGUUAUCUUUGUCUUCUUCUUCUGCCGCCCCCGACCACCGCCGGAAGGCAUGGAUCUUCGGAAAUUCGGCGAAGAAGCGCACCUGCCACGUCGGCGAUCACGACGAAGAUGCACUGGUUUCUUCCCCCGGCACGCCUCAGCCGUUGCCCCUGCCGGAGCUCGCUGUCUCCGCCGCCGUGCUCCGUCAGCGAGACGGCGAGUGCCGUCUUCCUUCGCCCAAGGAUGCUGCACCCUCCACCACCACCACCGGCUUUCGGAUGCGGAGUGUUUUUGCUAGCCAAGAGACAAGAAGGAAUAUGGAGCAGGCAGAAACUAGGUCAUCGAGAAUGGUGCAGCAAGAUGCAAGUGGUUGCCGUGAGAGUGCUCGAGAUAAUAGUAAUAAUAACUUGGUGAAUGUCCCUCAUAGGAGGAGUAUUUCGGGUAGUCCUUCAAUGAGUCCUCAGAAAACAAGGAAUGGUGAUUUUGUGCCAUAUUAUUAUGCGUGUCCAAAAGGAAAUCAGUUCUGGUCCACACCAGAAAUGCCUACCUGUGAUGCAGGGUUGCUACCUCCUGCCUUCUUUGAUUUAUCCGCGUUAAGCACAGAAACUUCUCUUUCUCCCAAUUCCCAUCAAAGUCCACAAAGAAAAAGUCCCCAGAAACACACCAGAACUUUUAGUGGACCUCCAUCCCCCAUACAUCCCAUGUUAUCACUCGAGAUCCCAACAGUGCGCCACGAAAAUAAUGCUCCUCCUGUCGCUGUUCACCCCUUGCCCCUGCCUCCCAGGGCUGGCUUGACCUCGCCGCCUGCUGCCGCUACCUUUUCCCACGCCAUGGUUAAGUCAGAAUCGCUGCCAAUGAAAAGCCAAUGGAAGAAAGGGAAACUUAUUGGGCGUGGGACGUUUGGAAGCGUUUAUGUCGCAACCAAUAGGGAAACCGGAGCAUUAUGUGCAAUGAAGGAAGUAGAAUUAUUUCCUGAUGAUCCAAAAUCUGCUGAGUGUAUAAAGCAGUUAGAGCAGGAAAUUAAAGUUCUUAGCAAUCUAAAACAUUCAAACAUCGUACAGUAUUAUGGCAGUGAAAUAGUUGAGGACCGGUUUUAUAUUUAUCUGGAAUAUGUUCAUCCUGGUUCAAUUAAUAAAUAUGUCCGUGAUCAUUGUGGUGCCAUAACAGAAUCUGUCAUUCGGAAUUUCACUCGCCAUAUUCUCUCAGGGUUGGCUUAUUUACAUAGCAAAAAAACAAUUCAUAGGGACAUCAAAGGGGCUAACUUGCUUGUUGACUCUGCUGGAGUUGUUAAGCUAGCUGAUUUUGGGAUGGCUAAGCAUCUAACUGGGUUUGAAGCUAAUCUUUCUUUGAGGGGAAGUCCAUACUGGAUGGCUCCAGAGCUUUUGCAGGCUGUGAUACAAAAGGAUAACAGCCCUGAUCUUGCUUUUGCUAUUGAUAUUUGGAGUUUGGGUUGUACCAUCAUUGAAAUGUUCACUGGGAAGCCUCCUUGGAGUGAAUAUGAAGGAGCUGCAGCUCUGUUUAAGGUUAUGAAGGAGACCCCUCCUAUACCUGAAACACUUUCAUCUGAGGGUAAAGAUUUCUUGAGGUGCUGCUUUAAAAGAAAUCCAGCAGAGCGGCCAACAGCUGCAGUUUUACUAGAACAUCGAUUUUUGAAAAACUCGCAACAGCCAGAUGCUAUAUCUCCCACCCAGCUUUAUAAUGGAACAAGCUUCAUGGACAAACCACAUACUCCCAGUGGGCAAUCUGAAAAUAGAUAUGGUCAGUUUUCAACUCCCUGUGCAAAGAUUGCAAAGGGUAAAGCAGCCGAAAGGCGAGGAUUUCUCAUUUCUUCGUUAGAUAUUCUCCCUGCAUACUUUGACCAAUAACAAAAUCCUGUUAUGAGCCUAUCUUUUUGGCCUGACUUGAUUUAUUGCCCACUUUUUAUGCGCCAUUUUUUUUCUCUGCUGAAGUUGGGAAUCACUCACAAUAACUUCCACAUAGCAGGGGUGUCACACUGCUUUUUUUUUCUUCCCUCUACUCUUGAAGCAGUUCGUUCCCACAUUGUAUAUUGGCUUGCAAGGUAUCACACAUUCCACUACCUUUGAUUGUCUGCGACUGCCAAAAGAAAAAAAAAAUUAUCUUUUCAAAUGACUGUGCUGAGGGAAGUUUUCAUCAUUUAUGCCAAUGACGGCCCCAUUGUUGUACUAUAGUUUCAGGGACGCUCAAGUAGAGACUUGCAGUUGUUGCCAUUAUAGAUUCUCUUUUGCUUAGUUUUUUUUUUUUUUUUUGAGGAAAAAAGGUGAAGAGCUUUUUCAGUCUGUAAGUUAAGCUGCACGAGAAUAUGGAAGCAGUUUUAGAAUAAUAUUAUUAUACUAACUUAGGGCGAUGAAGCAAUUAACCUUUUAAGGUGCACUUUUCAUUAGUGUGCAUCCCUCUUGGUUUCAUGGGGAUUAUCAUUUGGUUGCUUAAAGACUCUCAAAAUCUUGAGUUUUUAAUUAUAAAAAUUUGUACUCCAACAUGUUAAUGCCCAUGGUGUGGAAGAAUAAACUGUUGAUACCUUUUCAGAAGUGUA